GCCGCCCCCCGGGCUUCUUGCACUGCGCCUCCUUCGGGGACCCCCACGUGCGCAGCUUCCACCACCACUUCCACACGUGCCGUGUCCAGGGAGCCUGGCCACUGCUGGAUAAUGACUUUCUUUUUGUUCAGGCCACCAGCUCCCCAGUGGCCUUGGGGGCCAACGCCACCGCCACCCGUAAGCUGACCAUUAUAUUUAAGAACAUGCAGGAAUGCAUUGACCAGAAGGUCUACCAGGCGGAGGUGGACAACCUUCCUGCGGCCUUUGAAGACGGGUCUAUGAACGGAGGCGACCGGCCGGGGGGCUCGAGUUUGUCCAUCCGAACCUCUAGCCCCGGGCGACACGUGGAGAUCCGCGCCGCCUACAUCGGCACGACCAUCGUGGUCCGGCAGACAGCUGGGCAGCUCUCCUUCUCCAUCAAGGUCGCAGAGGACGUGGCCAGGGCCUUCUCGGCUGAGCAGGACCUGCAGCUCUGUGUUGGGGGGUGUCCCCCAAGUCAGCAGCUCUCCCGCUCGGAGCGCAGUCGCCGGGGCGCCAUGACCAUCGACAGCGCGCGGCAGCUGUGCAAACAGGGGCUGCCUGUGGAAGACGCUUACUUCCACUCCUGCGUCUUCGACGUGUUAAUCUCUGGAGACCCCAACUUUACUGUGCCAGCUCAGGCAGCUCUGGAGGAUGCCAGAGCCUUCCUGCCAGACUUGGAAAAGCUGCAUCUCUUCCCCUCAGAUGGUGGGGUUCCUCUUUCUUCAUCAGCCCUCCUGGCCCGGCUCCUUUCCGGGCUCUUUGUUCUGGGCUUUGCAUUCGGUAGCUAGGCCAGGCACAAUUUAACAGGGGGAAAUGACUCCGGGGUGCAGUUUGGCCAGGGCAAGCGAAGAGAAUGACUGAAGCAAAUAGAGGCUGGGAGGUGCAGGAAGUGAUGCCACUGACCCAGAGACAGAGGAGGCUGUAGUCCAGGGUGAGAAGGACUGGAACGUGACGAUUCCCCACAAGGCUUCUGCUGUCCAAACCUCUGCAGGGGUUGGUCAGCGAUGUCUCAGUCCCCUGUAUAGUAAGUGACUUGUCCCAAACCACCCACUCCCGAGGUCACCUCCACAAGCUUGGAGGCUAUGAGGGUCCUGGCAAUCUGUAGAAAACUAAGGGUUGAGAGUUCCUAGAGGGAAGAACUUGCAGAGGAGAUUGUGAUAACCACCCACAAGAAAUUCAACAUCUAGCAAUAUUUUCUCUUGUAAGGGAGGAGGAAAUAUUGCAGGAAACAAGACUUUCAUAACUCUAUGUGGGUAAGAUGUGUUCUGCUUUCUUGGGUCAGAAUGAGGUGGGUUCUAGUUACAGGGACUCUCUGGGGGUGGAGAAUGACAGGAAAGAAUCCGUCAUCCCCCCAUCCUUAACUAAUCUGUUAUUAAAGCUCUGAAUUCUUCACAACCCCUCUGCUGCCUAAGUGUAAUCUUUUUGCAGACGCUUGAUGUGAUGGAAGCAAGGCACUGUGU